UUGCAAAAGACAUCCCAUAUGAUUAUAAACAUGUACAGUCCUUCACUGAUGAUAUGGAUAAAUUUAGCAAAAAGAUCUUUGAACAAAUAAGCUCCGGUAAUCGUGAUGCCUCAGAAGGGACUUUUGAUGCUCUGAUGCAAGUUGCAGCCUGCGAGACGGAGUUAGGAUGGAACUCAAAGGAUACGACACGUCGGAUGGUGCUUAUUGCAACAGAUGCCCCGUUUCAUAUGGCUGGGGAAGGCAGGUUUGGUGGUAUUUUGAGUCCAAAUGAUGCAAAGUGUUCGCUCACCCCAGAAAAGAACGGUGUUCGAUAUUAUGCCAAGGCUUUGGAGAUGGACUAUCCGACAUUGGAUCAAAUAUAUCAGAGACUGGUAAAAUCAGCGAUUCAGCCAAUAUUCGCUGUUUAUGCCACGGAUACAUUUACUCCUCAAACGUACGGGGCUGUCGUAGAUAAUUGGAAAGGUAUACAAGCUGAAUUAGGAAAGUUGGUUGAUGACUCAAGUAACAUCAUCGAACUCAUUGAAAAAAGCUACAAUAGAGAGACUUCCACAGUUAGGCUGAAUACUGUGCUGGCUAAUCCUGAAGGUGUCCAGGUUACAGUAACAGGGAACGAGUGUGGUUCGGAAAGUCCUGACAAACACGUGUGCGAAAACGUCAAACCUGGAAAAAAAGUAUCUUUCGACGUUACGGUAACAGCUACCUCAUGCAAAACUAACAAGACAAGUUUUGAGCUGAGAGCGUCAUCAUUUGGAAGAGUGAUAAUUGAACUUGAUAUUAUAUGUAGCUGUGAUUGCGAGAAAGAGGCCGAUAUAAGUGGUAACGACUCCAGAUGUAAUGGUAAUGGAAGCCUCGUGUGUGGUGGUUGCGAAUGCAAUGAAGGCUGGUCAGGAGCAUUUUGUCAGUGCGAUGCACAACAAUUUCGAAAUAUCGACCAAGAUAAAUGCAAAAUGACCAACGAAACUGGGAGUCUAGUAUGUGAUGGAAAUGGAGUAUGUGACUGUGGUGUGUGCAAAUGUAAUUUAAUUCCGGAUAAAACGGUAAAAUACUAUGGGCAAUUCUGUCAAUGUAGCGACUUCAAUUGUGACAGGUCAAACAACAUGCCAUGUGGUGGACCUGAACGAGGAGAAUGUAAAUGCGGCAAAUGUCAUUGUAAAGAAGGGUUCAUUAACACUAAUUGUGGUGACAUUGAUUGUUUUAAACGAUUGCCUAACUGUCUCACUGUCGAGGAUGGAGUUCAAGUGAACUGUAGUGAACAUGGUUCUUGUGAAUGUGGUGUGUGCAAAUGUGAUCCUUUUUAUCAGGGACGGCAUUGUGAUGAAUGUCCGUCUUGUGCUGGUCGUUGCGGUGAUUUUAAGACAUGUGUCUUGUGUAAAGUAUUUGGUGUUACCCCAAGUAAUGCGACAUUGUGUGAAAAUUGCCCGCAAAUUUUGAAAGUGAAAACUCUUGCAAAACGUAGAGAAUUGAACUCUCCGGAGGAAUGUCAAGAAACAGAUGACGAUGGGUGUACAUAUUACUAUACUUAUGAAAACAAACGAAACACAACCAUCGUUCAUGUCGUGGAAAGCAAAGAUUGCCCUGAAGUUCCCGAUGUUUUGCUGAUCGUUCUUGCUGUUAUUGGUGGUAUUGUCGGUAUUGGUAUCAUCCUCUUGAUUCUCUGGAAAAUUCUUACUGCUAUGGUGGAGAAAAAUCCUCUGUAUCAACCAGACACCACUACUGUUCCGAACCCUAUAUUUGUCGGACAAAAAAGUUAACGAAUUGUCUCUAUCAUAAAAAACGUGCUUUGCCAAUUUCCCUGGCUGGAUGUUUGGACGCAUUGGUCAAAAGAUUUGCAACAGGCUAGAUUUUAAUUCAUAUUUAUUGGAAACAAUUGUGUUGUGAAUGAAAAUAAUUCAUUCCUAAAGAUAUCAUAGAAGAGAUACGUUAGCAUCUGAGACACUGAAAUAGAAACAGGCUAAUAACUUUCAAUAGAACAGGUUUAUAACUUUUAACAGGGCGGGACCGUGCUGAAUUUGCCUGGUUCAUGGGUGUUCACAAAGUAAAAACGGAUAUUCACAAAGUGAAAACAAAGAAAAGCGGACGAAUUCGAGCGCUGUCCCAAAUUUGUCCGGGGUAAAAUCAUAUAUAGGUUGUCGGGCAAAACAGAAUCUAUGAAUAUGCCCUCCCCCACCGCCAAUUAUCGCGCUAGUUUACCCCCAUUGAAGUGACAGCUUAAGGCGAAAUGGCGGAAGUGAAAUGGCGGAUGCGGAAGAGGGUUUACUAUUUCAUGCGUGUUCACUAUUUUUCAUGUAGCACACAUCCCAAGAAUGCGAACUUCGUUAUCCAAAAAAAUAUCCCGACGUUGAAUUUCUCAAGCUCUUCAAAAAGUUUGGUUUCGGUUUUUAAUUUUGGCUAUUUUACAUCCAUAUUUAGAAGCCUGGUAAAAUUAACCAGUGGGUUGCACUAAUUUUCUCAGAAGACAUUCCAUUCCAUGCAAGUUUUGCGCGUUUUACUCAAAUUUACUCUUCCGCGUAUUAUUUCACUGUUUCGUCAUGAAUAAUAACUAUUUAUGUAAAUCGGGUACUCGUUUACACACCUGUGACGCAUUUCCGCCAGUGGUUUCCUACACGUUUCCGCCUACAAUCAGGAGAGGAAAGGGAGGGGAACUUUCUGCCUGAUUUUAGGGUGCUAUUUGUCAGCAACUGUUUGAAUUCGAUCGUUAAAUAGCCUUACUCCCAAACAUCUGGAAACCCUUGGUAGAAUUGCUUGCCUUAUUUCGGCUUUGUAAGUAAACAUCGAGUCUUUAAGCAAUCUUCAAACAAGGAAUUUGUAUUGUGAAAAUCAUUGGCUAGAGCUAUCUGUACGAAAUAAUAU